AGUUACAACAGUGAAGACCGACAUUUACGUCACCAGUUUUGGCCCUGUUUCAGACACAGACAUGGAGUACACCAUCGACGUCUUUUUCAGGCAGAGCUGGAAGGAUGAACGGUUGAAGUUUGAGGGACCGAUGAACAUUCUCCGUUUGAACAACCUGAUGGCCAGUAAGAUCUGGACUCCAGACACAUUCUUUCACAAUGGGAAGAAAUCUGUCGCACACAACAUGACCAUGCCCAACAAACUGCUGCGGAUUCAAGAUGACGGCACCCUGCUGUACACCAUGAGGUUGACAGUGCAUGCUGAGUGUCCGAUGCAUCUUGAAGAUUUCCCCAUGGACUUCCACUCCUGUCCUCUCAAAUUCGGCAGCUAUGCUUACACAACGACAGAAGUGACGUACACCUGGACAAAGAACGCAUCCAACUCUGUGGUGGUAGAAGAGGAGAGCUCUAGAUUAAACCAGUAUGACCUACUGGGGCAAACCGUGGGGAACGAAACCAUCAGAUCCAGCACUGGUGAGUACACUGUGAUGACGGCCCACUUCCACCUGAAGAGGAAGAUCGGUUAUUUUGUGAUUCAGACCUACCUGCCGUGCAUCAUGACCGUCAUCCUUUCCCAGGUGUCCUUCUGGCUGAACCGAGAGUCUGUUCCGGCCCGGACUGUUUUUGGUGUGACCACUGUACUGACUAUGACCACUUUGAGUAUCAGCGCCCGUAACUCCCUGCCAAAAGUCGCCUACGCCACAGCUAUGGACUGGUUCAUCGCAGUGUGUUACGCCUUUGUCUUCUCUGCCCUGAUUGAGUUCGCCACCGUCAACUACUUCACCAAGCGGGGCUGGGCUUGGGAUGGCAAGAGUGUGGUCAGUGACAAGAAGAAGGAGAAAGCUUCAGUCAUCAAGAAGAACAACGCCUAUGCCGUCGCCGUGGCGAACUAUGCCCCCAACAUCACCAAGGACACCGUCCUCCCCACCAUCGCCAAGGGAAGCGUAGCUGAACAGGGUAAGGCCAAAGCUGACGGGAAACCAGCCGUGGCGAAGAAAACCUUCAACAGUGUGAGUAAAAUCGACCGCAUAUCCCGUAUCAUGUUCCCAGUUCUCUUUGGGACAUUCAACCUGGUUUACUGGGCAACGUAUUUGAACAGAGAACCCGUGAUCAAAGACAUGGUGCCCUCUUAUUAGACGGUGUCCAGGGUUGUGAUGGGUUCCAUUAAGCAGGACUAAAGACUAGGCCAAAACCACCCAGGGACUGAAUAUAAUCACGCUCCGAUGCUCUUUCCCGUCUGCUCCACA